AUGCGGCAGUCCUUCUUCGGUUCAGCCUCCCUACUUGUUGGGUGCGCUCUUCUACUUCCCAGUAGCGCACUCGAUCUGGUCCGCAGACAGGCAGCAGCAAAUGCAACCUACAAGGAUGCAUCGGCUCCCGUAGAGGACCGAGUGGCAGACCUUCUUUCUCGUAUGACAAUUGAGGAAAAAACUGCUCAGCUCAUCCAAGGAGAUAUCUCGAACUGGAUCAAUGUCACUACCAAUGUCGUCAAUGAGACCGGUCUCGAAUGGAACUUUCGCGUCCGCGCGGGUCAGUUCUACGUUGGCUAUCCGAUACCUGCGGAGUGGAUCAGCAAUGGCGUCAAGAUUGGCCAGGACUACCUUUUACAUAACACGACAUUGGGUAUCCCGGCCAUGGUACAGACUGAGGCUAUUCACGGCUUACUCGUGGGUAAUGCGACCAUCUACAACAGUCCGAUCGGGCAGGCUUGCUCCUGGGAUCCCCAGCUGAUUCACGAUAUGGCCGUGGCUAUUGCGAAGGAAUCGGCACCUCUUGGUAUCAAUCAAUUGUUCGCACCACUUGCGGACUUGGCGCGCGAGCUGCGUUUUGGCAGAGUAGAAGAAACGUACGGCGAGGACGGUUACUUAGCCGGCGAGAUGGCAUACGAGUAUGUUAUGGGAGUGCAGAGUUUGAAUGUCAGCGCUACAGUCAAGCACUUCGCCGGUUUCAGUAACCCAGAGCAAGGUCUUAAUACUGGGCCAGUUCAUGGAGGUGAGCGGGAGCUCCGAACCACGUGGCUACCAUCGUUCCACCGUGCUAUAAUCGACGCCGACGCCUGGAACAUUAUGGGUGCCUACCACUCUUACGACGGGAUACCUUCGAUCGCCGAUGGUCAUAUGCAAGAGACGAUCCUCCGUGAAGAGUGGGGCUACAAGUACUGGUUGACUUCAGAUGCGGGAGCCACGGACCGACUCUGCUGCAACUUCAAGCUGUGUCAAUGCAAGACCGAAGAUACACCAAUCGACAGCGAAGCGGUGACGCUCAUGGCCCUACCGAAUGGUAACGAUGUGGAGAUGGGUGGAGGCUCGUACAACUAUGCGAACAUCCCUCGUUUGGUUGAAGAAGGCAAGCUUGACAUUGAGAUUGUCGACAGAGCCGUGAGCCGCCAGCUUCGAGCGAAGUUUACGAUGGGUCUUUUCGAAAACCCAUACCAAGGAUUGUCCACAAACGAGACGGAGUCCAUCAUCCACCCUGAGGAACAUGUCCAGCUUGCGAGGACGCUCGAGGCUGACUCAAUCGUCUUGCUUGAGAACAAGAACAGCACUCUGCCUCUCUCCAAGUCUGCCAACAUCGCCGUCAUCGGCCCCAUGGCGAACAUUACGAACCUGGGCGAUUACGUGGUCUACCGCUCUCAGUACAACCCCACGAACGUUACUCCACUGCAAGGUAUUCAGAGUGCAUCUAGCGGUACAGUAACAUACGCCCUAGGCUGCGAGCGCUGGUCAAACGACCAAUCCGGCUUCCCCGAUGCAGUCGCAGCGGCUGAGGCUGCUGACGUCGCAGUAGUCGUCGUCGGUACCUGGUCACGCGACCAACAGGAGCUCUGGCAAGGUCUGAAUGCCACUACCGGUGAGCACGUGGACGUCGCAUCGCUCAACCUCGUCGGCGCAAUGGGCGAGCUCGUCCAAGCCAUCAUCGAGACUGGUAAACCAACCAUUGUGGUCUACUCCUCUGGAAAGCCUGUCACAGAGCCUUGGAUCUCUGACAAUGCAGCCGCUCUCCUUCAGCAGUUCUAUCCCGGAGAACAGGGUGGCAACGGAUUGGCUGACGUCCUUUUCGGCGAUGUCACGCCCUCUGGCAAGCUUUCUGUCUCCUUUCCUUACGAUGUUGGUACCCUCCCAAUCUAUUACGACUACUUGAAUUCCGGCCGAGCCACCGAUGCUGGUGCUAUCUUGCCAAACGGUACACUCCAGUUCGGUCACCAAUACGUUCUCAAUAACCCUCAGCCACUCUAUGAGUUCGGCUAUGGCCUCUCCUACGCAAACUUCACUUAUUCCAACGUCACUCUCUCAAAAACUGAAGUCAGCGCAACUGACAAGAUCACGGCAACUGUAAGUGUGACCAACGAAUCAGAUGUCGACGGCAAGGAAGUAGUUCAGGUAUAUGUGCAAGAUGUCUUUGCUAGCGUUGUAGUGCCGAACAAAGAGCUCAAGGGCUUCAAGAAGGUUAUGAUUAAGGCUGGUGAGACGGUAGAUGUCAGUGUGGAGUUGGAUGUGAGCAAGUGGGGGCUGUGGGAUAGGAAGAUGCAGUAUGUGGUUGAAAAGGGAGAUUUUAUUGUGCAUGUAGGAGCAAGUUCCAUGGAUCUGAGGGGAAACGGCACGGUGACUGUGGCUUGA